AUGGCGGCCUCCAUUGCGCAUUCAAGAUUCCCCACUUUUAAGGAGAAUUUAUCAGCUGCAUUCGGGAAAAGCAGCAUUGUUGUGAAGACUAUAACUAUCGCAGUAAUAUUAGGAUAUUUAUGUUCAUUUAUUUCUUCAGCUGUCCCGUUUAUAACAAUAACCCCAGGCUAUGUCCUUCCUCCCAACUUUCAUGUGUACAGUUUGAUUCCUUUUUGUUUCGUGGAGCUGCAUAUUUGGCAUGUUGUUGUUGACGCCGUAAUCAUUAUUCUGUUUGGGAAAUUACUAGAACCUCUCUGGGGUGCCCGUGAGAUGCUUCUCUUUUUCAUUGUCGUCAAUAUGGGCGUGGGGAUCCUGACUGCGUUUGUGUAUUUGUUUAUUUAUUUGGUGACACUGAAAGAGGAGUAUUUGUUUGAUGUUCAUAUUCACGGACUGUCAGGGUACAUCGCUGGGUUUUGUGUGGCCUUGAAACAAGUGAUGCCUGACCACUGUCUGGCGGUCCUACCGUUUGGGAAGUUGAAGAACACGCACGUACCCUUGGCACUUCUGGCGUUGACCAUUGGACUGCGUGUUGCGGGUCUCCUGCCAGGGGCCUACCCGUACAUGUUUGCUAACGGACUAUUGGUCAGCUGGGUGUAUCUAAGGUUUUAUCAGAAGCAUAGUGAUGGAAAUCGUGGCGAUUUGGCUGAUAACUUUAGUUUUGCAAGCUUCUUUCCAAGUCAGCUGCAGCCACUGAUUGCUGUCUUUGCAAACACAAUUUUUAGCGGACUUGUCAAACUGAAACUUUGCAAGAAGCCACAGCGGAGAUACGAUGUCAGCUCUUCUACAACCAUUACUGUCACUCUGCCAGGGACAGAACCUCGGGAUGCAGAAAGACGAAAACAACUGGCAAUAAAGGCCCUGAAUGAGAGGCUAAGUAAAGUCGACAGCGCUCCAAACUGGCCAACACUUGAUGACGAUGAUGAGGAUAAUGAAAAACCCGCCAGCUCUGUUUCAGCCUCAUCAAGUUUCACCAGUCAACAAUCAACAGCAGCUGUGGGAUCAUCUGCUGCAACACCACUGGCUUCUAAUGUCACAGAUACAACUUCCACAGAGAAUGUUUAG